UGUGUAUUUGGUAUCAUUCAGUGCAGCACUAGCUCAGUGAAAACAAUCAAAAUGUUCAAAUACAUGUUCGUAUUCGUGUGCAUGCUGGUGGCAGCCAUGGCUGAGCCCAAGCCCGGCGUGCUGUACAGCGCGGCAUACACGGCGCCCGUGGCGGCGGCGUACACCGCGCCGGUGGCUGCUGCCUACACCGCGCCGCUCGCCUACUCCGCCUACUCCGCGCCGCUCGCCGCCUACUCCGCCUACCCCUACGCCUCACCCUAUGCUGCUUACUACCUCAAGAAGUAAAUUGAACAACUCAAAAAAUGGUCACAAUUCUAAAAAUACAAUAAAUAAGUAACCCAACAACAUC